GCGAGUGACAGUGAUAAAUACGCCGACCUCUUGGUGUUCGGCUAUGCCUGCAAAGUGUUCCGGGACGACGAGCGGGCUCUGUACCACGAACACGGAAAGCACCUCAUCCCGUGGAUGGGGGAAAAGAGCGUCACGAUUGAUAGGUCGGUUGAACAAACUUAGACCCAAACAUUUAUGCUAACCCAUCUACCCCUGUCCGUUAGCCUGUUUUUUCUUUUUUUUUUUUUUUAAAUGCAAGCGACCACAUGGGAGUUUUGUCUUGCACGAGCUCUGGGACCACCUGCAACUGUCGACGAGUUUGUCUUAUCGUGUCUUGCCUGCUAACCCCUGUCUUUGGACGGACUACAGAUGACAACACACGGCCUUUGGAAGUUGCUAGCAUUACAUGCCAAUAUGCAAGGUCCUCGCCAGUCUUUGUGAACGGCGGCCAUGAUGCUGACCCCCCAUGUGUCAGUUCAUCAGGCACACGAGCCCUAAACCAAACACUAGCUUGAGCUAGAUACUUCAUAAACUGGCAACUGUGCAUUUUUUUAGAUGUGUAAAUAUUCAUCAAACCUCAAGGCAACAUAGCUUAGCUAUGAGGUUGGGCCUUUGCAUCCUGGCAUGUUUGGCCAAUUUCCUCUGGAAUCUUUCACUUCAUGCACACUUUGUAUUUGGACAAAAAAAAAAAAAAUCUAAUCGUGGCAGUAAAAGGGAACUCUGACACAGAGGGUGUUUCCAUUCUUUUCAAAUUGAGUUUUGCCUAUAAUGCCACAGUGUGCAUGCGAGGCAGAAAGGACCCGGGGUUUUUAUAACGCUGUGCCUGUAUCCGUAAGGCCGGAGCAAAUUCUAAACAAGACAAAAGUUACUGCAGUGAAGGUGAAUCAAAGGAUCACUAUGUUAAUGUGAAGGGUUGAGAUUUUGGCUAAUCGACAAUAUGUUUAAAGGUGUUUUCAGCCGUCCCUGCAAACAUGUUGCUGUCGGUGACAAUGUUGAUAAUGUUCUAUUGCCAACGCCUAAUAAAUCACACCCCGUUUGAAUCACCUGGAUCUGCAGUGGCCCAACUUGUGUUUUAUUUGUACAGCUUGUGUAUGUGUGUCUUUAUCACAUAACCCAGUUCUUUCCCCAGCAAGGUAGGCUAAGGGGUCCUGCCAAACCCCGAAUGCCCACCACAGCACCCCCAUUACUUUGCCUUCAUGAAGAAACCGCAACUGGGAAGUGGCGUAGAGGGACGAACCCUGGAAAAUGUCGUCCAUUUGGGUUCUUACGGAUAGAUACGAUGGGCGCGGUCACUUACAUGACCUCUCAGAGUAUGACAGCGGGUCAUGGAAUACAUCCUACCAGCUGUCGGAGGAAGAGGCCAGGAUCGAGGCUCUGUGUGAUGAGGAGCGGUACCUGGCUCUGCACACGGACUUGCUGGAAGAAGAGGCUAGACAAGAGGAGGAGUACAAACGUCUGAGUGAGGCCCUUGCUGAUGAGGGCUCCUACACUGCAGUGGCCUUCAAAUACAGCGCUGACUACUAUGACCCCUCUCAGCCCACGGAGGAGGAGGAUGCUAACAGGGAACGUGAAGAGGCAGAGCAGGAGGAGAGCGAGGAACCGUUUGUUGCUCCCCCAGGGCUGGUUAUCCCUCCCGAUGUGGAACUGCCAGCAACAAUUAAGACCCAUAAUAUCAUCGAGAGGACGGCCAGCUUCGUGAGUCAGCAGGGGGCUCAGUUUGAGAUCGUGCUGAAAGCUAAGCAGUCCGGUAACUCCCAGUUUGACUUUCUUCGUUUUGACCAUUACCUGAACCCUUAUUACAAACACAUCCUGCGGGCCAUGAAGGAAGGUCGAUACACCCUCAUCUCCGCCAACAAGCAAGAGCAGUCACAAGACUCACAAUCUGAUGAUUCAGAUGACGAUGGGGAUGGCAACUACCUCCAUCCUAGUCUGUUUGCCCCAAAGAAGUGCUCUCGCCUGGAGGAGCUGGUGAAGCCUCUUAAAGUAAUGGACCCGGACCAUCCUCUGGCCGCACUUAUACGAAAAGCCAAACAGGAAAGAAAUGGCACUGCACUGCCUGCACCAGUGGCAGCAAAACCAGAGGAGGUGACAGACCCAGCUGCAACCAGUACACAAGCACACUACAAAGCUGACCCAAUGUACUAUGGGUACUACAUGCUUCCUGAUGGAACAUGCUGCAUGGCACCGCCACCCCCAGGGGUAGAUGCCAGCUCCUACUAUAGUAGAAUGCCCUCUGCUGCAGUGGCUGCUCCCCCUACUUCUUCUGCGGCUUUGCCUAAUUCUGGGACAACACCCACCCCUCCUGAAAAUAUCACAAUGGCACCACCAGCUACAACCCCCUCCCAGGUCACCAGCUCUGCUGCUCCUCCAGCUAGUGCACCCGAAACUAGUUCAAAAGAAGAAGCUCAAGUUUCCACACCGGCAGCAGCAGCGAUCAUUCCCCCUCCACCUGAUACCCAGCCAGUCAUAGACAAGCUGGCCGAAUACGUUGCUAGGAAUGGUCUAAAGUUUGAGGCCAGUGUCCGCGCCAAGAAUGAUCCACGGUUUGACUUUCUGCAGUCUUGGAAUCAGUACAACACCUAUUACGAGUUUAAGAAGAAUUACUUCUUGCAGAAGGAAGGAAAAAGCAUGAAAGAGAGUGGGACAACAGACGAUGGUGAUAAGCUUGAGUCGGACAAUUCAGACAAGGACAUGCUGAGUAAAGCUUCCUUUGCCCCCAUCUGUUUUGCCAUCAGGGCAAAGGAGAAUGAUUUGCUACCUCUGGAGAAGAACAGAGUUCGACUGGACGACGACUCGGACGACGACAAGUUGCUGGAGGAGCAGGGACUGCAAGCCUUGAUGGGUGGAGCUGAGAUGAUUGACAAGGAGCCUCCUCCAGUCAGUGCACCAGAAGAGAAGAGACCCACCCUCAGUUUGGAGGAGUUGGAGGCAAAACAAGCCAAACAGAAACUGGAGGAUCGUCUAGCAGCUGCAGCCAGGGAGAAGCUGGCCCAGGCGUCGAAGGAGUCGAAAGAGAAACAGCUACAGGCUGAGAGGAAGAGGAAGGCAGCGCUCUUCCUGCAGACCCUCCGCAGCCCCUUGGCUGGAGAGCCUGAGGGCAAAAGAGCUGAGCUCGACUCAACUGCACAGCUCUCUGAGAUGCAAGAAGCCCUCUCUGCUCUGUCUGACCUUGCGCCGCCUCCAGUGUCCUCUACACCACCUGCGUAUCAACAGGAUCAAAAGCCCCCCAUGGAGAGCCAAGGAGCCUAUCGGAGCAGGAAGAACCCAUCUUCUUCAUCCUCCCACCGAGGACCAGACAGAGAAAGAGACCGAGAUAGGGACAGGGAUAGAGACAGAGAUAGGGACAGGGAUAGAGACCGAGAUAGGGACAGGGAUAGGGACCGAGAUAGGGACCGAGAUAGGGACAGGGAUAGAGAUCGAGAUAGAGAAAAAGAUAGAGACAGAGAUAGGAACAAAGGAAGGGACAAAGAGAAAAAGAAGAAAAAACACAAGCGGAGGUCACGGUCAAGAUCGAAGAGCAGACACGCCCUUCCCAGUGCCUACAGGAGAGGCCGCAGGUCCCGGUCCCGUUCACACUCCCCGGGGAGAAGAGACCGGAGGGGCGGCUCAUCAGAUAGGAGGCGUGAAGAGAAGGAGCGUGGGCGCCACCAUCCCAGCAGCAGCUCCGGCCCACCCAGGAGGCAUUCGACAUCCAGGUCCCCCCCUGAAAAAAGGAAGAUUUCCUUGUCAUCCUCAGGACAGAUGCAAAGCGUAGGGUUCUCUUUCUCUCCGUACUCGUCACCCGGCAGAGUUUUGUCCCCGUCCGCUAGCCCCGCCUCCAGCCUGACCCAUUCCAGGGGCGGCUCUCAGGAGAAAGACAAGACAGUGUCCUCAUCCAUUGUAUCCUCUGUUCAGUCCAAAAUAACUCAGGAUCUGAUGGCCAAAGUGAGAGCCAUGCUUGCCACCUCCAAAACCUUCCAACCUCCCAAUUCCUAGAGACAGAGAGAGGGCAACAGCUUUCCAUUCGUCACGACGGCCUCGGCCAAUCGGCGGGCAGCACUCUCCGAUUUCUUCCGGAGACUCACGUGAUCUGGAUCUGUCUCCCCCUUGUUCCUCGAUUUAUCAUUUCGAUCUUGGUCUGAGCGUCGACAGAUCCACCUUGGCCGCUGCACGUCUUCAGGAGCGUUGUGCGAGUGACGCACGGUUUCACACCCAACCUGAGAAAAACAGUUCAUCAGCCGAGAGAUCACGUCGGCAGUUGGACAUGUUUUGUUGCAGGGAGAAUUAAAUAAUCUGCGUUAUUUUGUAUCCCGUUUGAAGACACUGCUUCUCUCCCACGUGUUGACAGCCAUUCUUUGCAGCAUCACCUAAAGCUGCAGGAGGUCUGUAUUCUCUCCUUCUAUGAAGGGCCGUGUUGUUUUUGAUCGUUUUAUUUCCACACCCCCCCAUCUGCGAUUCUCCGCUGUCUGCCUUCCGUCUUAUUUCCUCCCCCAGCCACCUUCUCUCUCCACCACCUCAACCUCAUCUUCUCGAGAAGCCGUUUAAAAUGUAAUUCUUUUCCCCUCAAACUCUAGUUCGUGGCCUUCUAUUUUUGUUUGCUAGUUCGUGCUGUAAUGAAUUCAUUGCAGAACGACUUUCUAAUCCGAAAGGUGAAUAAAGUUUCAAUUAAGAUUUA